CAUACUGCAGCUGCCGCUUACCUAGUCAGCCCACAAGGGCAGCCGCCACUACCGCCCUCCCCCCGUCACCCUUUCUCCAACGGCAAGGCACAGCCGAGGGAAAGCAUAGCACAGCCACUUGAAUCAGUCUCUCUGCGCGUAUCCGGCUUCAGGCAUAGAGGCGGCGACUAUAGCGGGAAGGGAGGGGAAGCCUGCUGUUACUGCGGCCGCACCAAGAGCAGCAGCAAGGACUUCUGUCACCUUGCCGUGGAGGUGUGUGCAUUCCUGGGCGGGGGAGUUGGAAAGAGAGACAAGAGAGGAUCGGGAGGCGGGAAAACUGACAGCUAGCCGAAAAAGAGGUGCUGAAAAGCCACGGCUGAUGCUGGCAGAACCGGGAUCUCGACGAUCGCUCAGACUCUUUACAACCUUUGCAGUUUGACCGACGGUCAGAGGAGAGAGUUUUGCAACCCGCCUCAGUAGAUCCUUUACAUAUAUCGGGGCGGAGAAAAAAAAAGCGGAAGAAGCAUACCAUCAUCAACAAGCUACUGCAGGAGGAGGAGGAAGGAGAAGAGGAGGGUCGGAAAUAUUAUUUCUUUAGAACCCGCCAGGUUGAUGGCGGAGUUUGGCAGCAGGGGGGGUGGCACCAGCAGGGGGGGAAUAACCUCCCCUCCAAGACUUGCACAGGGGAAGGUGGCAUUCAAAGCAGGAGAUGGGGAAGGAGGAGGUGGAGGGGUUGCAAGAAUCCACUUGGACAGUGCGGGCAAUGGGGUCUCCAAUGGAGACUGUGCUCUGGUGGGCACCAGAGAAGACACGGAGUCAGCUCAGCCUUGCAGCCCUGCUAUGGAGAGAGGAUGUUCCACCCUGCAACCAGAUGGCAAAUCUGGUAACCCCAGGAAAACCAGCAUCAUCAAGGAUGGUACAAAGCAAAAAAGAGAACGGAAAAAGACGGUGUCAUUUAGCAGCAUGCCUACUGAGAAGAAGAUCAGUAGUGCAAGUGACUGUAUUAACGCCAUGGUGGAAGGUUCAGAACUCAGAAAGGUUCGGUCCAACUCUAGAGUGUACCAUCGGUACUUCCUUUUAGAUGCAGAUAUGCAGUCUCUACGUUGGGAGCCUUCAAAGAAGGAUUCUGAAAAAGCAAAGAUUGACAUUAAAUCAAUCAAAGAAGUGAGAACAGGGAAAAAUACAGACAUUUUUCGUAGCAAUGGAAUUUCUGAACAGAUUUCAGAAGACUGUGCAUUUUCUGUUAUUUAUGGAGAUAACUAUGAGUCUCUAGAUCUUGUUGCAAAUUCUGCAGAUGUUGCAAAUAUUUGGGUUACUGGAUUGAGAUACUUGAUAUCUUAUGGAAAACAUACACUAGAUAUGCUAGAAAGUAGCCAAGAUAAAAUGCGGACUUCUUGGGUUUCACAAAUGUUUAAUGAAACAGAUAUAGAUAAUUUAGGCCGUAUAUCCAUGUGCAGAGCUGUACAGUUCAUAAAAAAUUUAAAUCCUGGUUUAAAAACAAGUAAAAUUGAACUGAAGUUCAAAGAGCUACACAGAACAAAAGACAAACCUGGUACAGAAAUCACAAAGGAAGAGUUUAUUGAAGUUUUUCAUGAGCUUUGCACUCGCCCUGAGAUCUAUUUCCUGUUAGUUCAAUUUUCUAGCAAUAAAGAAUUUCUUGACACGAAGGACCUUAUGAUGUUUUUAGAAGCAGAACAGGGUAUGGCACAUGUCACUGAAGAGAUAAGCCUUGAUAUCAUUCACAAAUAUGAGCCAUCUAAAGAGGGUCAGGAAAAGGGCUGGCUUUCCAUAGACGGUUUUACAAAUUAUCUUACUUCCCCAGAAUGCCAUAUAUUUGAUCCAGAGCAUAAAAAAGUGUGCCAGGACAUGAACCAACCUUUAUCUCAUUAUUUCAUAAACUCAUCUCAUAACACAUACUUGAUAGAGGACCAGUUCCGAGGCCCUUCUGAUAUCACAGGAUACAUUCGUGCUCUGAAAAUGGGGUGUCGAAGUGUUGAAUUGGAUGUGUGGGAUGGUCCUGACAAUGAGCCUGUAAUUUACACAGGGCACACAAUGACCUCACAGAUAGUCUUCCGCAGUGUAAUUGACAUUAUAAACAAAUAUGCAUUCUUUGCUUCGGAGUACCCUCUUAUUUUGUGCUUAGAAAAUCAUUGUUCUCUCAAGCAACAGAAGGUGAUAGUUCAGCAUAUGAAGAAAAUAUUGGGAGACAAGCUGCACACACAGUCUCCAAACGCAGAGGAAUCUUACCUGCCUUCUCCUGAAUCUCUUAGAAGGAAAAUACUAAUUAAAGCCAAGAAACUGUCUUCUAAUUGCUCUGGGCUAGAGGGAGAUGUUACAGAUGAAGAUGAAGGAGCAGAAAUGUCCCAGAGAAUGGGAAAGGAGGGUGUGGAACAGCAGAAUAUUAUCAUGGUAAAACGGUUCCAGCUGUGCAAAGAGCUUUCAGAACUGGUAUGCAUUUGUAAGUCAGUUCAGUUUAAAGAUUUUCAGAUUUCAUUUCAGCUUCAAAAAUACUGGGAAGUUUGCUCCUUUAACGAAGUGCUUGCUACCAAAUAUGCCAAUGAAAACCCUGGAGACUUUGUGAAUUACAACAAACGUUUUCUUGCCAGGGUUUUUCCUAGCCCUAUGAGGAUUGAUUCUAGUAAUAUGAACCCACAGGAUUUUUGGAAGUGUGGCUGUCAGAUCGUAGCAAUGAAUUUUCAGACACCUGGAUUAAUGAUGGACCUCAACAUUGGUUGGUUUCGACAAAAUGGCAAUUGUGGUUAUGUUCUGCGACCUGCUAUUAUGCGGGAAGAAGUAUCUUUCUUUAGUGCAAAUACAAAAGACACUGUGCCUGGAGUUUCACCUCAGCUUCUUCAUGUUAAGAUUAUUAGUGGGCAGAACUUUCCUAAACCCAAAGGGUCAGGUGCCAAAGGUGAUGUUGUAGAUCCUUAUGUCUAUGUAGAAAUCCAUGGAAUCCCUGCAGACUGUGCAGAGCAAAGGACAAAAACUGUGCAUCAAAAUGGGGACAAUCCAAUUUUUGAUGAGAGUUUUGAAUUUCAGAUUAAUCUACCUGAACUUGCCAUGGUGCGCUUUGUAGUGCUAGACGAUGACUAUAUCGGGGAUGAAUUUAUUGGGCAACACACAAUCCCCUUUGAGUGUUUACAGGCAGGUUAUCGGCAUGUUCCACUUCAGUCUUUAACAGGAGAAGCUCUAGCACAUGCUUUCCUAUUUGUCCAUGUUGCUAUCACUAAUCGAAGGGGUGGUGGUAAGCCACAUAAACGGGGCCUGUCUGUCAGGAAGAGCAAGAAAUCCAGAGAAUAUGCGUGUAUGAGGACUUUAUGGAUUAAAACGAUUGAUGAAGUAUUCAAGAAUGCUCUCCAACCCAUACGGGAUGCCACGGAUUUGAGAGAAAACAUGCAGAAUGCAGUGGUUUUAUUCAAGGAGCUGUGUGGCCUCUCUCCUGUAGCAAACCUCAUGCAAUGCAUUCUGGCGGUAUCUACACGCUUGGUGAGAUCUGAUAACACACCUUUGGUAGUAGUGAAUCUCAGUGAACAAUAUCCUACUAUGGAAUUGCAAGGAAUUGUUCCGGAGGUUUUAAAAAAAAUUGUAACAGCAUAUGAAACGAUGAUUCAUACUAUCAAGACUCUGAUAGAAAAUGCAGAUAAUGUAUAUGAAAAAAUAGCCCAGUGCCAAAAAGCAGCAAUGGAGUUCCAUGAAAACAUACAAAGUAUAGGAGCAAAGGAAGGUUUAAAGGAGAGAAAGCUACAAAAAGCAGUGGAAAGCUUUACCUGGAAUAUUACUAUCCUAAAGGGUCAGGCUGAUCUUCUCAAAUAUGCUAAAAACGAAGCAUUGGAGAACCUAAAACAAAUCCACUAUGCCACUCUUUCAUGUGGACUGAAUAAGCCAGGAUCUGAAACGACUGAGGUGUCAAAGCCCCGUCGAAGCCUGGAAGCUAUACCUGAAAAGGCGGGUGAAGAAAAUGGAGAAUGAAAGAACAUUCUCAUUAUUUUGGAGUUUAUAACUCUGCAACCAUUGUAACUGCACAAGACAUUUUGCUUUGCACUUACUAGUGGAAGGAAAUCCUGGAAUUUUAAAAGCACAACUGGAGAAGCUAAUUACAAUCCAUGAAAACUGUGAAUGUACGUAGCAAUUCUGUGUGCAAAGACAAUUGAAUUGUUUCUAACAUGGAAAUAAUAUUGCUGGUUAAAACACUCUGUAUAUGUGUAAAAGAUGUCAUCAUUCAAUAACCUUGUGCAGAAAAAAUAUCAUUGUCAUUUGAUAGAGAAGCAAACUGGCUUUCCUGACUGGAAAUAUGCUAUAAUGGAAUGGAAGGAGCUUUUGUUAUUGCUCAGAAAAGUGCCUUGAUUUUUGGGGAAAAUCUAGGUGUGCAGUGCAAUUUCCUUCAUUUGGGAGUGGUGCAGUUCUAUCAUAGUUUGUUGUAUUAGGCCCAUUGCACAUCUGACUUAAAAAUCAGGGCGAAAAUGUAAGCAAAUGCACACAUUAAACAGAAUUGUGUGAUUAAGAUACUUGGCAGUGUUCUGGUUUGAAAGUGCUACUGAUGUUUGGGUUUAUUUGUUGUUGUUGUUGAGCCAUAAAUAAAAAGGGGAAUGUAAAUACAAAGUGCUUACUCCUGGCACAGUGCACUGUAGGAGAGCCAUUGCAUAGAAGGAACAUGUGCAAUCAGUCAGCCAUUAAAUGCCUGAGUAAGGUGCAUACCUAUUUCCACCUAAGAACAUCUGCAGCUAAUGUAAAAGUGACCAAACUGCAAACAAAUUAUUGUAAAUAGUUUUAUCAUUUUGUGGAAGUGAAGAAGUAUUCACAUUAAAAUGUUUUAUGAUACAAUCCCCAUGUU